AACAUGCAACACAAACUCGGCUGCGAAGCAUAUCAAUAAACAAGGUCAAUUCGAAAACAGAUAAGAAAUAAAUAAAAACCAAUAACGCUUUCUCUUCUCAACAGUUGCAAAUUUGUUGACAAUGUGGUAUUUUCGUGUAAUAAACCUAGUUUUUUUAUUAAACUUCCAAGCUGAUUCAGUUGCCUCUUCCUCUCAUAUCACAGGCAGAAGGAGGUAUUUCAUAGGAACUGAUAAGGUUACUGGAAAUCAAGCAGUCGAAAUGUGUCGGCGAAGAUCCAUGAAACUUGCUAGCAUUCGGAACGAAAAGGAAAACAAUGAUAUAUACAGGUUUUUGUCACAGCAAGAUUUGAAAGGCGGUUUUUAUGUUUCGGGAAAGAAACUCAGUUAUGGAGGUGCAUUCACUUGGUUAGACGGAAAGCCUUUGGAGUUUUUCAGUUGGAAUGCAGGGGAGCCAAACGGCUAUCUUGAAACAGAGAGCUGCAUAGAUGUUUUCAUCGUCAAGGACGUUCUCAAAUGGGAUGAUCAACCUUGUGAAUACCCCGGGUUCUAUCUCUGCGAAUCUAUGGAUGAUCCUGACAUUUCCAUAGAUGAAGACGACUCUUGCCCGUUCAAGAAGAGCAAAAAACAGAAAUAUUACCUCGGAACGGAAAAGAUGACAUAUUUUGAUGCAAUUCAAUACUGUGAGAAAAUGUUUAUGCAACUGGCUACAGUUGAAACCGCAGAGGAAAACUUCGAUAUAUACACCUUGAUGCUUGUGAAAGGUUUGAAUGGUGAUGGUUAUUGGAUUGCCGCAAAUCAAAGACUUGGUUCUAACGUCUGGAGGUGGCUCGAUGGAACACGACUCAAAUAUUUCAAUUGGAAUGAUGGAGAACCAAACAACGAUAGACCAAGAGAAAAUUGCAUAACGGUUUUCAGAAAAGACAUGGAAUCAAAAUGGAAUGACGACCCUUGUGAACACCAAUAUUUUGCUAUCUGUGAAAAAGUAGAACCCAAAGUAGAAAUUCAUGUUAACAAACAAUUACUUUACUCAGAAAAACGAAAAUCGUACCCAGAACAGUCGGACGUUUUGGAAAUAUUUUUGGAUCUGCCAGAAAAUGAUUAUCUUCUAGGAUGGAAUAUUGUUAGGAAAUGAUUUCAUCAAUAAUUUUUAUUGUUUACAGAACGAAAAAAAAAUUAUUCAAAAUCAUUUUGCUAAGCAAUAUGAAUAAUUCAAAAAUUAUAUUGUACAAUUCCGUAUAUAAAUUGUAUCCAUUCGAUGUUACAAAAAAAAACAGAAAACAAAUUGUAGACUAAGCUCAGUAUUCAUCUCUUCAUAACUGCUCCACGAAAGUUGAGAAAUAAUAUUAUCAAAUUCGUAUCCCCAAUUUCUUAUAAGUUAAAUUACGCAACUAAAAUAGAAAAAAAAUGUAUUCGUG